AUGGGUCUCGCCUUUUCCAAGUUGUUUGAUAGGUUGUGGGGGAAGAAGGAGAUGCGAAUUCUCAUGGUCGGUCUCGAUGCCGCUGGUAAAACCACCAUUCUCUACAAGCUCAAGCUUGGUGAGAUUGUCACUACCAUCCCUACCAUCGGUUUCAACGUCGAGACCGUCGAGUACAAGAACAUUCAGUUCACCGUCUGGGAUGUCGGCGGUCAAGACAAGAUCCGUCCCCUCUGGAGACACUACUUCCAGAACACCCAGGGUAUCAUCUUCGUUGUCGAUAGCAACGAUCGUGAUCGUAUCGUUGAGGCCCGCGAAGAGCUCCAGCGCAUGCUCAACGAGGAUGAGCUCCGCGAUGCCAUCCUCCUGGUCUUUGCCAACAAGCAGGAUCUUCCCAACGCCAUGAACGCUGCCGAAAUCACUGAUAAGCUCGGCCUCCACAGCCUGAGACAUCGGGGCUGGUACAUCCAGUCCACCUGCGCCACUUCUGGAGAUGGUCUGUACGAGGGUCUCGAGUGGCUCGCCACCACCCUUCGCCAGGCUGGUCAUAAUUAG